CCAAACGACCCCUUAGUCCUUACGAGGAAAAACCCUUUAUGAGGGAAUACAAACGAGAAACAACCAAUCAGGAUCCUCUCUCUCUCCGAGCUGCCGUUUCCAUGGCUCUCGCCUUUUCCUCUGCAAUCGCUUCGACUAGCUCCCCUCUCUUCAAAAAGGGAGACAUGGCUCUUUCUUCUCCUUCUUUCCCUUCUUCAAGUAACUUGCAGAAAUGCACGGGAAGGUCUUCGAAAUCCGCUUCCACUGUCGUCGCAGUCAUGUCUCCGCCGCAGCCUCAGCAGCGGCCUCCUUCGACCACCGGCUCGGUGAAACAUGCGAUGACAAUGACGGAGAAGGUCCUGGCAAGGGCGUCAGAGCGGGCGCGGUUGGAACCCGGCGAGAAUAUCUGGGUGAACAUUGACGUUUUGAUGACCCACGAUGUCAGCGGGCCCGGGACGAUCGGGAUAUUCAAAAAAGAGUUCGGUGAGAAUGCGAAGGUUUGGGACCGUGAAAAGAUUGUCAUUAUACCUGAUCACUACAUUUUUACAAGUGAUGAGCGUGCAAAUCGUAAUGUGGAUAUCUUGAGGGAUUUCUGCAAGGAGCAAAACAUCAAGUACUUCUACGACAUCACAGAUCUAAGUGAUUUCAAGGCCAAUCCAGAUUAUAAAGGCAUAUGCCAUAUUGCUCUGGCCCAAGAAGGUCAUUGCAGACCUGGAGAGGUCCUGCUUGGCACAGAUUCACACACGUGUACUGCUGGAGCAUUUGGCCAGUUUGCGACAGGAAUUGGAAACACCGAUGCAGGUUUUGUUAUGGGCGCUGGGAAGCUCUUACUUAAGGUGCCCCCAACUUUGAGGGUUAUCUUGGAUGGAGAAAUGCCUAACUUUUUGCUUGCCAAGGAUUUGAUUUUGCAAAUCAUUGGUGAAAUUACUGUAUCCGGGGCAACAUACAAAUCCAUGGAGUUCAUUGGCUCUACUGUUGAGAGUUUAUCUAUGGAAGAAAGGAUGACAUUGUGCAACAUGGUCGUUGAAGCUGGAGGCAAGAACGGUGUUAUCCCUGCUGAUCAAACUACAUUUAAGUACCUUGAGGGGAAGACAACUUUGAGUUAUGAACCACUGUACAGUGAUGAGCAAGCCAGCUUUAUUUCUGAGUACAAAUUCGAUGUUUCCAAGUUGGAGCCAGUGGUGGCAAAGCCUCAUUCUCCUGAUAAUCGUGCUUUGGCAAGAGAAUGCGAAGAUGUGAAAAUUGAUAGAGUAUACAUAGGCUCCUGUACUGGUGGAAAAACUGAAGAUUUUCUAGCUGCAGCCAAGAUCUUUUUAGCAUCAGGUGAAAGGGUCAAAGUGCCAACUUUUAUUGUCCCCACAACCCAAAAGGUUUGGAUGGAUCUCUAUGCCCUUCCAGUUCCAGGAUCGGGUGGUAAAACUUGCUCUCAAAUAUUUGAAGAAGCCGGUUGCGAUGGCCCGGCAAGUCCUAAUUGUGGGGCUUGUUUAGGUGGCCCCCGAGACACUUAUGCACGCAUGAACGAACCACAGGUGUGUGUCUCUACCACAAACCGGAACUUCCCUGGUCGAAUGGGGCACAAGGAUGGACAGGUCUAUCUGGCUUCACCAUAUACAGCGGCAGCAUCGGCUUUAACUGGUUUUGUCACGGACCCAAGAGAGUUCUUGCAGUAACUACCUAAACCUGACGAUGAUAUGCAUUAGUCCAAUGCUUUUAGUAGGUUUGAGUGUAUCUGUGCAUUUCGCAUUGUAUUUAUAAAUGAGGCCCAAAAGGAGAGGAGAUCGCCACAGAAUGCAAGCGAGAUAAAACAUUAGUUUAGUGGUUGUCAGGUUGUCUUUUAGGGCCCAUUUGGAUUAUUGUAUCGGUCAAUCCAGGAUCCAGCAAUACAUGCGUUAUAAAAUAAUCGUUAGGGCUAAUUCAGUUUAAAAUGCACGGACAAAAAAGAAAAACGAAAAAAAGAAGGUUUAGAAUGCAUGUAAUCCUGGAUUACUGGCAGACCGUUAUAGUGUAUUGUAGGAUCGGUGUGAGUGAAAAGCAGCAGUCUGUGUAAUGCAAUUUCCAGUGUCCUGGAUGAUCAGCCGGUCUUAUGAUUUGGCAUAAUGGUUAAGAAGUUGCUAAUUUUCUC